GCCUCCCGCACGCUCAGGCUGCGUGCUGACGAUCUCCUCCCACAUCUCCAGUGGUCUCAAGUCUGACAAGGAUGGUGCCCUGGCCUGCCGAGCAGGCGCUCAUGACAGCGCUGUCUUUCAUCAGCUUCUGCUUAGUGUCAAUUCCUCUCUACUGGCACUUGGAAGCCUGGAAUGUGGGGUGCAUCCUGUACAUCUUCUGGAUCGGCUCCUGCUCCCUCAUCAACUUUGUCAACGGAGUUGUCUGGAGGAAUGACGCGAUUAUUCGGGCCCCCGUCUGGGGUGACAUUGCUGUCCGCAUUAUUUGGGCUGAAGCACACGGUAUCCUCGCCGCCUCUCUCGUUAUCAAUCGCCGUCUGUACAAGAUUGCAAGCACCACUUCCGUGUCUAUCAGCAGGGUACAGCGCAGGCGAGCAAUGUACACCGACCUUGCCAUCGGGCUCGGGAUCCCCAUCCUCACUCUAAUCCUCAUGUGGUUUGUACAGGGUCACCGGUUUGACAUCUACGAGGGCAUCGGCCCUCUCGCUGCCAUUCCCAAUACAUACUUCGCAAUGGUCCUGACCAAUGGAAUGUGUAUUCUCAUCGGCUUGAUCUCCGCGUGUUACUGCAUUGGCACUCUCCGUGCGUUCACACGACGCCGCAAGCAAUUCAGCGAGCUGCUUGCUACGAACAACAACAUUAACUUGCAUCGGUACAUGCGGCUCAUGGCCCUUGCCGCUCUCGAGCUUAUCGGCACGGUCCCGCUUGCCAUCUAUCUCCUCACGAUCGAACUCAGGACGCCUGUGUACGUUUGGCGCGGUCUUGCGGACAUCCACCUCGGAUUCUCGCGUAUUAACCAGUACCCAUUCCUCCUCUGGGAUAUGGACCCCAGUAACAAGGUCGACCUGACGAUGCAACAGUACCUCACCGUCUCGUGUGGCAUUCUGUUCUUCCUCUUCUUCGGCCUCGCAGAGGAGGCACGCACGCACUACCGUCUCGCCUUCACGAGCGUCGCCAAGCGGCUCGGCAUCAGCACCGCCGGCACCUCCUCGGGCAGCUGGUCGCCGAGCAAGGGCUCCAAGCUCGGCGUGUCGAUCCCCUCCUUUGUCCAGCGCAGCUUCGUCACGGCGCCCGCGACGAGCCUGUCGCCCGGCGGCGGGCGCAGCACGCGCAAGCGCGACUCGUUCGGCUUCGACUCGUUCGUCAGCGACCGCCUCUCGACGCAACUCAGCAUCGGCGAGUUCGGCGAGUUCGAAGACAAGCAGCCGUACUCCCCUGCAGACACCGCUGGCUCGAGCACGUGCGUCUCGACGCCCGUCGAUGGCAGCGAGGAGAAGGCGCUCCCGCCGCUCGUACGCCCCGAUUCGGGCGUCGUCGUCAACGUAGAGGUCAUUACUGACCGACGGUCCUUGGACGUGCCACAAUCAGUGCGCGACGAGUCUCACAUGGUUUGAAACCCGUAUCCACCGUUAUUUCUCUCGUCUUUACUACGAUGUUCCCCCACUACUCAAAAUCCAGUUACAUUUUCCCAUGUUCAUUAGGGACCGUGUUGUGCUUCUUAACAGCCACCUUCGUUUUUUCACGAACUGUUCUUGUUGUAUAUUUGAUUCCACUGUAUCCCUAGGUUCUCUUGCGCUACCUCUGGUUGCCCUCCACAUAUACCAUUAUCACUAACAUAACAUCACUAGUAGUACCUUCGUGUAUCGCUACCGCCAUCGUCGAUGUAGAGUCGACUGGAUAGCUCUUGUGCAAUAGACUUCGCAGCUUAUACAGAUGAC